AUGAGUUCUUUGAGUGGCAUUUUUACCAUCAACCCUAGCUGGCAACCUAAGCUUUGGGAGCGGGUUCGCCCUAACCCUUCGGCCAAUUGGUAUCUCUUUGAUGGGCAGACCUCAAACAAUGUGUCGAAGCGGUUUCUGGACUCGGUUGACGAAGCGGAAUUUGAUGAAACCUUUCUACUUGGGAGGCCAAGAAGAUGA